ACAUGGGCCUCCCUCUGUUUCUCUGCUAACAAGUGUCUCUUCUCAGCUCAGCUGUCUCACUGUUUCAUCAAACACCCACUGAGAGGAGCGUCGCUUUGACUUGUUACGGAAUGCCUUUAGGGGGAGGAAAUAAGUGUGGCUGCUGCCAGAAACCUGUCUACUUUGCUGAGGAAGUGCAGUGUGAGGGAAAGAGCUGGCAUAAAUCCUGUUUUCUGUGCAUGGUGUGUAAGAAAAACUUGGACAGCACAACUGUGGCUGUUCAUGUGGAUGAGAUCUACUGCAAAUCCUGCUAUGGCAAGAAAUAUGGGCCAAAAGGCUAUGGCUACGGAGGUGGAGCUGGCACGCUGAGUAUGGAUACAGGAGAGGGUCUUGGAAUCAAGCCUGAAGUGCAAGCUCCUCAUCGCCCCACAAAUAACCCCAACUCCUCCAAGUUUGCCCAGAAAGCAGGAGGCUCAGAUGUGUGUCCACGCUGUGGGAAAACAGUGUAUGCAGCAGAGAAGGUUAUUGGGGGAGGCAAUUCAUGGCAUAAGAGCUGUUUUCGCUGUGCCAAAUGUGGAAAAGGACUGGAGUCCACAACCCUUGCUGAUAGAGAUGGGGAGAUCUACUGUAAAGGUUGCUAUGCAAAGAACUUUGGUCCAAAGGGUUUUGGCUUUGGUCAGGGUGCAGGCGCUCUUGCUCAUUCCCAGUAAAGCCUGAAGCCUUAGCUCACCUGGGACUGACAUCUGGUGGGCUCCGAUAUCACAGCUUCUGGGAUCUCUCAGUCAACAUGAAGCUUAUUUCACUUUGCCCUUUCACUUUAGCUACAGGCAAUGAAAAAUGAAAGAAGCACACAUCAGCAGCUCUUUGAAAAUAUUCACCAAGCAAAGUCUGCUCCUUACUUGAUGUUGCAUUAGACUCCAGUGUAUACAACCCCAAGUCCAAAAAAAGUUGGGAUGUGUACGUGUUAUAAAUAAAGAUGGACAGAAGUGAUUUGCAAAUCUCAUAAAUCUAUAUUUUAUUCACAAUGGAACACAGAAAAGGCAUUACAUGCUUAAAAUGAGGUAUUUUACUUUUUCAUUUUGAAUUUGCUGGCAGCAGCAUCGUUCAAAUAAUUUGGGAUCACGACAGCAAAGGAAGUGCAAACGUAAGACUAAAAAACACAAAGCAGUAGGAACAGAAAUUCAACAAUCUGGAAAACACUGCAUCCACAAAUUGAUGAUCAGCAUUCUGAAAUUUUACCAGAAAGUAAUAUACCAUCAUCAAAAGAUUGAGAGAAUCUGAAGAAAUCUGUGUCCAAGGGACAAAAAUGAAAAUCAGUACUGGAAUCAUGUGAUCAUCAGUAAACUCAUCGGGACGACAUUAAAAACAUAACGGUCAUAGAUAUUGCCUGCAUGUACUCAGGAACACCUCUAGAAACCAUCGUCUCUCAACACAGUUCACUGUGUCAUCCACAAAUGCAGGUUAAACCUCUAUUAUCCAAAGAAGUGCAAAUACAGAGGUUACAGAAACAAGUUCCAGACUUGUAUGGACCGUUAAAGGAAGACGAGUUGGUACACCGUGGUAAACACGGCCCUGUCACAACUUGCUUGGGACAAGGCUGUGACAUGUUUUUGCUGUCAGAUUCAAAAUGACCACAUUUUAUUUUAAAUUUGUACAUUUUCUCAGUUUACACAUUUGCUAUGUUUUUUAUUUUCUGUUGUGAAUAAAAUGUGAGUUUGAGAUUUGCAAAUCAUUGCAUUCUAUUUACCUGAUUACAUUUGCUACAUUGACAUAAGUGUAGCAAACACAUCUACAAAUGUUACACUGACAUCUAAUUCGUGUGCACUCACUGAGUAGUUAACAAUUUGGCUUAAACAGCACUAGAACAUGUACACAAAAGCAACUUGGCUUAUCGAGUGCUAAAUUUAAAUAACAUCUAAAAAUAAUAGACAACAAGAACAAAAGAAGAAAUUAUACACUGACAACUGUGAGAAAACAGUCUUAAAUCAUGCCUCAGUUACAUUGGUGCUGAAGCUUUUCUUACUGCCGAAUGUUAUAAUUAAUAUCUUAAGAAAGGCAUUUCUUGCUCUAACACAAAAUAAAUUUAAUGGCAAAAGCAAA